AUGUAUAGAUAUUUGAAAAAAUGUGCAAGUUGUUUAAAAUUAAAAAGAAGAGUUAGUAGUGCGUCCUAUGGAUAUUUAAAUUUAAGCGUGAAUGAUAAAGUAGUACGAUAUUUUGAAGACUUAAAAAAAAAUAUAAUUUAUAUUAAUGAUUCGAAAGAAUGCAAAAAAUAUAUAAAUGAAAUCGAAAAAAAUGCUAUGAAUGAAAAUUUAAAAAUAAUAGGAUUAGAUAUUGAGGGAUAUAAAAUAGGUAAAAAUGGAACAGUAAGCAUUAUUCAAAUAUGUGCAAAGGACAUAUAUAUUUUUGAUUUAUAUAAAUGUGAUAAUAGUUAUUUGUUUGCUAAAUACUUAAAAGAAUUAUUUGAAAAUAAAAGUAUUAUAAAGGUUACACAUGAUUGCAGAGAAGAUUGUUCUAUACUAUUUAACCAGUAUAAUAUUAAUUUAAAUAAUAUAUUUGAUACACAAAUUGCAUAUACUUUAAUUUUAAAAAAAUCAAAAAAAGAAUUAUAUCAAAUAAGUUAUGAUGAUUUGUUAUAUAAAUGUUUAUUUUUAAAUAAUAAUCAUAAAAUAUAUUUUCAUAAAAUCAUUUCACUUAAUAAUAAAAUUUAUUUAAAAAGACCGAUAUCAAAAGAGCUAAUUCAUUAUGCUGUUCAAGAUGUUUUAUAUUUAAAGCCUUUGAUGUUAAACUUAAUUGAGGUUUUACGUAAUAUAGAAAACAUUAUUCCAAGAAAUGAUAAUGAAAAUAAUACAAACAAAAAUUAUGACAAAAAUGGAAAGCAUAAUAAACUUAGCCUUGACUUAUGCAAAGACACACAACACAUAAUCGAAGAAAAUAAUAACUUUCAUUUGAUAAAUUAUGUAAUAGAAAAAAGUCAAAAAUACAUUGAUUAUCAAUAUUUAAAUUCGCAUAUAAAAAAUGAAAAACAUUUACAAAAAGGAAUGAUAAUUGAAGGAAUGAUAGUUUCAUGUAAUAAUAUAAAUCUUUAUGUUAAAUUAAAUUUAAGCAAAAGGGGGGUUAUAAAAAAUUUUAUGAACAAUGCAUAUGAAAUAGGGGACAUUGUUAAGUGUGUCAUUUUGGAUUUUUGUGAAAAUGAUUUUAUAAAAUUGGGAUUACUUGAUUCAUCUACUUCAGAAAUGACUAUCGCAACGAAGUGA